GCUGUGAUUGGCUGAGGCGGGAAGAGGCGGACCCCGGAAGGAAGGUGUUGGUUCAGGCAGCGGCGCUGGGGGCCACGUCGGCUGGUGUUGGAGGGCGCGGGCAGAAAUGGAUUUUGAGGCCGUUGGAAAGUGCUCUGCAUUACACCUGAAACCUGCUGGACUCUCCCUUCAGUAUGGAACUGCUGGCUUUCGUACCAAGGCGGAACAGCUCGAUCAUGUCAUGUAUCGCAUGGGCUUGCUGGCAGUGCUGAGAUCCAAGCAGACCAAAUCUACUAUUGGAGUCAUGGUGACAGCAUCUCACAACCCUGAAGAAGACAAUGGUGUUAAGUUGGUGGAUCCUCUUGGAGAAAUGUUGAACCCUUCCUGGGAGGAGUAUGCUACGCACCUGGCAAAUGCAGAAGAGCAUGAAGUACAGAGUGUGCUGGCUGAGAUUUGCCAAAAAGAAGCAGUAAACCUGCACCAACAGGCCUCAGUGUUUAUUGGGAGAGACACCAGGCCCAGCAGUGAGAAACUAUCACAAUCAGUGAUAGAUGGCAUCUGUGCUCUACAAGGCCAAUAUCAUGAUUAUGGCCUGCUAACAACACCACAGCUGCAUUAUAUGGUUUGCUGUCAAAACACUCAAGGGCGCUAUGGAAAGGCAACCCUGGAAGGUUAUUAUAACAAACUGUCCAAAGCUUUUGUAGAGCUGAUCAAACAGGCUUCCAACUCUGGAGAUAGUCAAAGGUGUCUGAAGGUAGACUGUGCAAAUGGCAUAGGAGCCCUGAAACUAAAAGAAAUGGAACAUAACCUCCCACAGCAACUGUCAAUUCACAUAUACAAUGAUGGAAGCAAAGAGAAACUCAAUCAUCUGUGUGGUGCAGACUUUGUGAAAGUGCAUCAGAAACCUCCCCUGGGACUAGAAAUGAAACCUAAUGAAAGAUGCUGCUCAUUUGAUGGAGAUGCAGACAGAAUUGUCUAUUACUAUACUGAUGCUGCUGGUCAUUUUCAUCUUAUUGAUGGAGAUAAAAUAGCAACAUUAAUCAGCAUUUUCCUUAAAGAAAGUCUUGUCAAGGUAGGACAAAAAUUAAUGAUGGGAGUGGUGCAAACAGCGUAUGCUAAUGGGAAUUCUACACGUUAUCUUGAAGAAACUAUGAAGGUACCUGUUCAUUGUGUCAAAACAGGAGUUAAGCAUUUGCAUCACAAGGCCCAGGAGUUUGACAUUGGUGUUUACUUCGAAGCAAAUGGGCAUGGCACAGUCUUAUUUAGCAAAGCUGCUGAAGAGAAAAUAAGACAUUUGGCAAAAGAGGGAAAAGAUAAUCAAAAAAGGGAAGCUGCAAAGAUGUUUGAAAACACCAUUGACUUGAUUAAUCAGACAGUUGGUGAUGCUAUAUCAGACAUGUUAGUGAUUGAAGCAAUCUUGGCUCUGAAAGGUCUUACAGUGCAAGAGUGGGAUGAUAUCUACACAGACCUUCCAAACCGGCAGCUCAAAGUUAAGGUUGCAGACAGACGAGUUAUUGACACAGCAGAUGCUGAAAGAUGUGCAAUCUCACCUCCAGGACUACAAGAAAAAAUUGAUGACCUUGUAAAGAAGUAUAGAUUAUCACGAGCUUUUGUCCGCCCAUCUGGAACUGAAGAUGUGGUUAGAGUCUAUGCUGAAGCAGACACACAGGAGAAUGCAGAUGCUCUUGCACAUGAAGUGAGCCUGGCUGUUUAUCAACUGGCUGGUGGAGUAGGAGAACCACCCCAGCCUGUAUCCUGAAGGAGGCAGCUGAAGUAGUACUACAUCACUUGACAGCAUAGAUUUUUCUUUUUGCUUUCUCCCCCCACUCCCGUAAAGCCAUUUCAGUUGUAAAAUAAUGAAGACUGAUUGGAAUAUUCUUCAACAUGAUGUCCUACCUCUUUGGAAUUCUCUGUAAUGGGAUUCUCCUGCUGCCAAGCAAAUUGUUUUUCUUAGCCUUAUUUUAACUUUUUACUUCUAUUCAAGUACAACAGAACUGGAAGCAAGUAGUCAAUGUUCUCUUUCUAGUUACUUUAUCUAACUUGGAGCUGAUUUCCUGCACAGUGGUUCUGUGUGAAAGAAGUUUUUUUCUAGAGGAAGAGAGUAUUAGUGUCAGAAUAUUAAAAUGAGAUUUUUCUGUUC